GUAAAUACCAUUUCCAUUUGGUUAUCCGCUUGAAUUUGAUUAGUUACUCAGUUUGUGUAAACGUAAACAUGGGGUAAUACAAAACCGGAUGAAAAUGUGUAUUACAUAAAAUGAUGGAUUUUGUAAUUGAAAAGUAUUUGAUAUCUGCUCCAUAUCGAAAAUAAACACGCUUGGAGCAUGUUGCGUGCAUAUCAUAGCAGUUCUCGUCCAUUCAUAUCACUAGAGUAAAUUCUAUGUUUAUGUUCAAAAAGCAAAUGGACAAAUGUGAAUGCUCAGGCAUAGAUGAUGAACAUUGUUUGUUAGAUGAUAAUACAAAGCGAACAUGCUCUAAAUGUAAAAGAGGAAUCUUAUGGCCAAAUGGAGAUAUGUAUUGGGAAAACAUAAAUGGAGGUUUUUAUGGGGAUGAGGCAGGGUGCAUAACUACAGUCAUUGAUGAAACCAAUGAUACAUUCGAGGAUUCGCCACUGUUGAACGAUGACUGCUAUAGGGAACCUGUCCACACAGAUUUUCAUUGCCAUGACUCAUUGUCGUCUUCCCAUGAUGGCAGCGCGUGGAAAAAAUUACUCACAGCUGCUGGUUUUUGCCUUUUGUUCAUGAUUGCUGAACUUCUUGGUGGAUACAUAGCUGGAAGCCUUGCUGUAAUGACAGAUGCGGCGCAUUUGUUUUCAGAUUUCAUAGGAUUCCUGAUAUCACUACUAGCAAUAUGGAUUGGGAGAAAGCCUCCGUCAAAAAAUAUGACGUUUGGUUACUACAGAGCAGAAGUUGUUGGUGCUUUACUAAGUGUGCUGACAGUGUGGUUGCUAGCUGCGAUAUUUUCAACUCUAGCUAUAAAUAGGAUAUACAAUGAAGACUAUGAUAUUGAUGCAAAUACAAUGAUUAUAAUUGCCUCCCUUGGGCUUAUCGUAAACAUCAUCAUGGGCGGCAUUCUGCACGGCGUCUGCCAUAGCCACGGCAUUGGGGGCGGUCAUCACAGUCACGUGCACCACGAGCCGCGUUCCGGAGCAGACGGCACCUCGAAUAUCAACGUCCGGGCUGCUGCUAUUCACGUGCUGGGUGAUCUGCUGCAGAGCAUUGGCGUACUGAUAGCGGCCGUCAUCAUCAAGUUUUAUCCGAACGCCAACAUCGCCGAUCCUAUCUGCACGCUCAUCUUCUCUGUGAUUGUUAUUUGCACAACGAUCAGAGUAGGAAAGGAGUCAUUGUGGUACCUCAUUGAAGGUAGUCCAAUAGACGCUAGUCAAUUGAGACAAGAAUUGAGUAAACUUGCCAGUGUAAAACAUGUCCAUAGUUUGCAUAUAUGGUCGUUAGCUGCUGGAAAAAAUGCAAUUGCAGUCCAUCUGGCUGUAGAUCCUUACUGUGAUAGAGACGUCCUCCUAAAAAAGACUAUCGCCGUGAUACAAAGCCACAUUAGCGUGGUCAGUUGUACAGUCCAAAUAGAGACAUUCAACCUCGAACUUAGUAAUUCUUGUAAACACUGUCAAAUUGCGAACUGUUGACAGUAGGUCAAAUAGUGUGAAUGAAAUUUUUGUGUUCCUAAUAGUAAUAGGUAUAGUAUAUUGGUAUUCUAUCCUCCAUAUGACGUUUUGGAUGAUUUUCAAGACUGAGAAUGGUUCUGAAACAGCAAAUGCCAAUUUGAAAGAAAAUGUGAACUAUUAUGCCAAAGUCGAUCCAAAUCUUUUUCGUCAUUUAAUGAAAAUGAAAAUCUGCACUUGAGGGCAAAACAGAAGUUCAUUAAUUUACGGCACAGCUCAUUUAGCUACAAAACGCAGCAAUUUUAUCUGUUUUACAGGCUUGUAUGAGAAAAGAAGAGAAUCGACGUUUAAAUGCUAAAACUGUUUUAAGGAAUUGGUAAAACUGUUUUAUGUUGUAUGUAUCGACAGCAGUCUUCUUAUGUUGCUUAUACAUAAUUGCAGAAAUUUACAGGCGAACACGUCUACCCUAGGUAAUAUUAAAACCCAGCUAGAUAACCCUUAGUUCCUACACAAAGAGAUAUUACCACACAAAAUGUACAGUUAUGCUGCUAAGUUUGAUUAAAUAUUUAUUAAUAAUAAAAAAAUAAUAAAAGAAAUCCGAUCUCUACUGCGUACCUAUCUGAAACGUUUACCAGAAAUCUCAACCUAGUUCAAUCCAUCCAUUAUAAUCCAUUGUGAAAGGGAUUUUCACUGAUAGUCUA